AUGGAAUAUAUGAGAAUAUAUGGUGUUUUGGUUGCAGUAGCGUUAUUGAUCAUAGUGGUUGAUGCUAGGGUUCGCGGAGGGAGAGGAAUCGAAAAAUACGUUACUUUUGGUCAGAACUAUGUUGUUAAGUGGGGUCAAGGUCAUGUUUCCACACUGCACUCUGGGCAAGAAGUUGAUCUCUACAUGGAUCAGUCUUCAGGUGCUGGGUUUCAGUCUAGAAACCUCUACGGAUCAGGUCUCUUUCAAAUGAGAAUCAAAGUGCCCGGAGGAAAUUCUGCCGGCGUCGUCACCGCUUUUUACUUGACUUCGAAUGGAGGUAAUCACGAUGAGAUUGACUUCGAGUUCUUAGGAAACAACGAUGGAAAACCGAUAACGUUGCAGACAAAUGUGUUUGCGAAUGGAGAAGGUAACAGAGAAGAGAGGUUUCAUCUGUGGUUCAACCCCAUCAAACACUACCACACUUAUGGGAUUCUUUGGAACCCUUACCAAAUUGUGUUUUACGUGGACAACAUCCCAAUAAGAGUCUACAAAAACGAAAAAGGAGUAAGCUAUCCAUCAAAGCCUAUGCAAGUAGAGGCCAGUCUCUGGAACGGUGACGAUUGGGCGACUGAUGGCGGUCGAACCAAAGUUAACUGGUCAUACUCUCCUUUCAUUGCCCAUUUCCAAGACUUUUCCGGUCUCUCCGGCUGCUACAUAGACGGCCGGAGUAAUGAUGUGGCCGCUUGUGGAUCCUCUAACUAUUGGUGGAAUGCAGGCAAGUAUCAAAGGUUAAGCGGAUAUGAACAAAAAAUCUAUGAGCAUGUGAGGAAUAAGUAUAUGAACUAUGACUAUUGUACCGAUCGCAAUAAGUACCAAAGUCCUCCUAGAGAAUGUUAUUGA